ACCGCAGUGCGAUCCAAUCCUAUCCCACCCCUCUUUCUUUGCCACAUACCUCUGAGGCAGAAGGGUGCCCCCUCCGCCCCCUUUCCCAGCCACAGGGACUAAAAAAGGAAGCAAUGGGAACGUGUUUGACGGCACUCCCGAGAACUUGCAAGCGGGGCAGCUCUGAGCUGCUUCGAAGGAGAGCCCCACAUGGGGCUGGAAGGGGCUCCUGACACACCAUGGAGAUGGUUUCGAAUUUCGGACCAUCCUGCAACCCGGGGAGCUGUGGUCCUGCCAUGGAUGCUUCUGAAUGGCCAAAGGAGGUCUCAGCAUCUUGUUCAGAAGGCUACUAUCCAGUGAUUCAAGGAGAAGUGUUCAAUGGAAGAUACCAAGUGGUACAGAAUCUGGGCUGCGGCUACUUCUCAACAGUCUGGCUUUGCCAAGACAUGGGGAAGAAGAGGUGUGUGGCUGUGAAGGUGCCCAAGGGAGGGGAGAAUUUUGCCGAGGCAGCCCUGGAUGAAGUCAUGCUCCUGCGCUGUGUGGACAGCAAGAGAAGAAAAGACCAAGCCGGAGAUCACCUCAUCCGCUUGCUCGAUGAUUUCAAAAUGAUUGGAGAGAAUGGCUUUCAUGUGUGCUUAGUGUUCGAGCUGCUGGGCCCUUCGCUCCAGUCCUUGCUGAGCUGCCCAGGAGUCCAGGGACUCCCUUUGCCCUUUGUCAAGAAAGCGACGCAUCAGGUGCUCAAGGGCUUGCAUUUCCUGCACAAGGAGUGCCGCAUCAUCCAUGCAGACAUCAAACCAGAGAACAUCCUGCUGUAUGUCACGGAAGAAAGCCUGAAGACCCUCCUGCUCAACAUGGUCUCCUCCAGUGAAGGAACAAAGCCCCAGAGGCCAGGUACACAUUGA